UUGCAGCCAGCACUGUCGGAGUGUUUCACCGUUGCACCACUGAUGUAACUUUCAUUUCCUGUUCGCUAAGGGUCAAACACAACACAUGAGUAGUUUGAGUCCAGUUUACCAGGCUAGCUGAACAAUAUACACAAUCUGUGAGCCUGAUUUGAAUGAUGCUACGGACGCUGUGUCGGACCGGCGGAGCUCUUCUGCAGCAAACCCAACGGGCCGCUCCGAGGUUGUUGGUUACGCCGGCCCAGCAACGAUGGGCGUCCAGCCUGCCCGUGAACACCGUGAUCCUGUUUGUGCCCCAGCAGGAGGCCUGGGUGGUGGAGAGAAUGGGCCGCUUCCACCGGAUCUUACAGCCGGGUUUAAACUUCCUCAUACCUUUACUUGACCGAACUCGCUAUGUGCAGAGUCUUAAAGAGAUUGUCAUCGAUGUCCCGGAGCAGUCUGCAGUAUCUCUAGAUAAUGUAACACUACAGAUUGAUGGAGUGCUUUACUUAAGGAUCCUAGACCCCUUUAAGGCCAGUUACGGUGUCGAGGAUCCAGAAUAUGCCGUCACACAGUUGGCACAGACCACCAUGCGGUCAGAACUGGGCAAACUCACACUGGACAAAGUGUUCAGGGAAAGGGAGUCCCUCAAUUCCAACAUCGUCCACUCCAUCAACCAAGCGUCAGACGACUGGGGGAUCCGUUGCCUACGUUACGAAAUCAAAGACAUACAUGUUCCACCUCGGGUGAAAGAGUCCAUGCAGAUGCAGGUGGAGGCCGAGCGUAAGAAGAGAGCCACGGUGCUGGAGUCUGAAGGGCAGAGGGAUGCGGCCAUUAACGUCGCCGAGGGUCGCAAACAAGCUCAGAUUCUGGCCUCGGAGGGUGAAAAAGCAGAGCAGAUCAAUAAAGCGUCUGGUGAGGCCCAAGCAGUUUUGGCCAAAGCGGAGGCAAAAGCUAAGGCUAUCUGCAUGCUGUCAGACGCUCUGACCGAGCAGAAUGGAAACGCGGCAGCCUCGCUGAGCGUGGCCGAGCAGUACGUGUCCGCUUUCUCCAAACUCGCCAAAGAGUCCAACACCAUCCUUCUGCCCUCCAGUACUGGUGACAUCAGCGGGAUGGUCACACAGGCUAUGACCAUUUACAGCUCGUUGGCGAAGACGAGCCCAAAAGCACCAAAAGCGUUGGAGGAGAAGAAUGACGACUUUGGGAGCCUACCGUCUCAAUAGCAGAGGACUCAAUGAAUGAAUGAACUCAAAGCUCUAAAAUGACACAGAAACCAGAAGAAGCAGUUUAUGUUUCAGUUAUCGGGGGGCUCCGAGGCAUCACAAAGUUUCACACAAUCUCCACCACUGACAGGACAGACGGACAACUGCCAACUUUAUAAACUUCUGGGAUGUUUUGCCUCGGAGUCUUGGGGUAAAAAAUCACAUCUUUUGUAAGAGGAUUUUUUUAAUCUUCGUUGACUAUUCUUUGUGUUCAGCUAUUGUCAGUUUGGAAAACUUCAUCUAAAUGCUUUGGCAGGCUGACAAGAUGGAGAAAUUGAUGACAGGUUUUAGGAUUCAUCAGGCAGUAUAUGAUU